AUGAGAGCGUCGCGAGGCGAGUGCGAGCUGGGAACGCGUGUUCGAGCUCGCCGCGGUUCCAACAGGCCCGCGUGCUUCGAGGAGGCGGUCGUGUUCCGGAGGCAGAUGGAGGGCCUGAGCAGGGCGCGGCUGCUCGGGGCGUUCGACUUCCUGCGGUGCAGGGCCCGGGCGCGCUGCGGCGUCGCGCCGGGAGCCGCCGGCCCUCCGUCGGCGCUGCGCGUCACGCUCCUGCUCCGCACCGGCGCGCGGGCGUUCAGGGACGAGGCGGCCGUGGCGCGCGUGUUCGAGGCGGAGUGCGCGCGCGUGGCCGGGUGCGCGGUCACCGCCGCGCGCUCGGCCAACCUGACGUUCUGCGACCAGGUGCGGCUGCUGAGCGCCACAGACGUGCUGGUCUCGCCGCACGGGGCGCAGCUGACGAAUAUGCUGUUCAUGGACCGGGGCAGCAGCGUGAUGGAGUUCUACCCGCUGGGGUGGAGGCAGAGGGCCGGCGGCGGGCAGUUCGUGUACCGGUGGAUGGCGGACCGGGCCGGGAUGCGGCACGAGGGCUCGUGGUGGGAUCCCCACGGCGAGCCGUGCCCCGGCUCGCCGGACAUCCUCAGCUCCUACAAGAGCCGGCAGAUCGGGCACGAAGAGGCCUACUUCGCGCGUGGGCGGCCAGAGUCGUCGCCGCGCCAAGGAGCGCAAGACGCGGCGCGGCGGGGAGGCGUUGGGAGAAGAGCGGCAGCCGGGAGCGGCGGACUGCGGCUGCAGCUAGCUGCCUUGCGUGGUGUGCUCAGCCUAACAUUGUGUUUCACGGAAGUCUCGUUUGGUAAAACCGGUUUCUAA